UAGUAAAUUUGUGUUUACAAUAGCUCUCUUGUUAUUUGGUAUUAGAUGGUUUAGAAUUUUCGGGUCUCCAACCAUACGAAGAAUGCUUCAACUUUUUCAUGGAUAAAGAUGAUUUCCCUUCGUCUUCUUCUAGACAGUACUAUCCUUAUCAUUCCCAUCCUUCUGCCACCUCAACAACCACCGACGCCGCCGGCACCACUACUACUCCCACUGGUAGACACCAUGCCUUUGAAACUUCUGAAUUCUCCACUUUCUCCCCUGCUCGUGACCUGAAUAACUUCGAUUUCUCCGGCAAGUGGGCUACCGAUAUCCUCCUGGAAACAGCAACCGCUAUCGCCGAUCGGAACAGCGAACGUUUCCAACAACUAAUGUGGAUGCUCAACGAGCUUAGCUCACCUUACGGUGACACCGACCAAAAGCUUGGUUCUUACUUUCUUCAAGCUUUGUUUAGCCGCAUGACCGACUCCGGCGAGCGUUUCUAUCGAACGUUAGCCUCAGCAUCUGAGAAAACAUGUUCUUUCGAGUCAACGAGGAAGAUGGUAUUGAAGUUCCAAGAGGUAAGUCCCUGGACUACUUUUGGUCACGUUGCUUGUAAUGGUGCAAUCAUGGAAGCUUUCGAAAGUGAAAGCAAAUUACAUAUAAUUGAUAUAAGCAACACGUAUUGCACCCAAUGGCCUACUUUGCUUGAAGCACUAGCCACCCGCACAGAUGAAACCCCACAUUUGAGGCUAACCACGAUCGUCGCGAGCAAAACCUGCAGCGCUUUAGGUUCUUCAGGAGCAGCAGGAGGAGGAGGAAGCUUAGCUGCAGUCGAUGAUAUAAUGAAAGAAAUCGGAAGCCGAAUGGAAAAGUUCGCCAGACUUAUGGGAGUUCCUUUUAAGUUCAAUGUAAUACACCACGCCGGUGAUAUAUGUGACUUAGAUUUAUCAAAACUUGAUGUCAAAGAGAAUGAAGCCUUAGCCAUCAACUGUGUUGGGACGUUGCAUUCGAUCGGAGCCGUUGAUAAUCGUAGAGAUAUGAUGAUUUCUAAUUUCAAGAAACUGCAGCCCAGAAUAAUCACCGUCGUCGAAGAAGAAGCUGAUUUCGAUGUUGGGGUUGAUGGGUUGGACUUCGUUAAGGGUUUCCAAGAAUGUUUAAGGUGGUUUAGGGUUUAUUUCGAAGCCUUGGACGAGAGCUUUCCUAAAACAAGCAAUGAAAGGUUGAUGCUGGAACGAGCCGCUGGGCGAGCCAUAGUUGAGUUGGUGGCUUGCUCGCCGUCCCAGUCCAUAGAGAGACGCGAACCGGCGGCGCGGUGGUCAAGACGGUUCCGUGGAAGUGGGUUUGGCCCCGCGGUUUUGAGUGAUGAAGUGUGUGAUGAUGUACGCGCCUUGUUGAGAAGGUAUAAAGAAGGUUGGUCAAUGGCACAAUGUUCCGACGCCGGAAUAUUCUUGUCUUGGAAAGAUCAGCCGGUGGUUUGGGCCAGUGCAUGGCGGCCUUGACCACGGCGGUAGGCUUCUUCUUAUUCUUCAUCUUUUUUUUUUCUUUUUUGCAUGGGAGGAUAUAGAAGUAGCCAACUUAAUUAGCCAAAAUCGAUUUGUAUAAUUUUAUUUUAAUAAAUUGAACUGGAUAAACA